AUGUAAAAAGUAGAUUACAUCUUUAAGAUUGUCCUAAUAGGAUCCCAGAACGUAGGCAAGUCUUCCCUUAUGGCCAGAUUUAUAGAUCAAGUUUUUAAUGAUAGUUACCUUUCCACAGUGGGAGUUGAUUUUAGAAUCAAGACCCUUUCCAUCCAUGAUAAGACUAUUAAAAUGCAGAUUUGGGACACGGCUGGAUAAGAGCGCUUUUAGGCUUUAACUUAAUCUCAUUAUAAGGGAGCGCAUGGUUGUAUUGCAGUCUAUGAUGUUACAUGUGAGAGAUCAUUUGAAGAUGCCAAGAAAUUCCUUAAAUUAGUGAUCGAAGAACAUGGUUUGAUUCCUGAGGCAUGCUAUUUAAUAGCAAAUAAAGUUGAUUUAUUCAAUAAAAGAAUUAUCCUGGCCAAGAAUGGGAAUGAGUUUGCAUAAGAUUUGGGUGUCAACUAUUUGGAAACAUCUGCUAAAACAGGAGAUAAUGUCAAUUAAUUAUUUUUGGAUUUGGGCAAAAUUAUCUUGAAUUUGGUGGAUUAGAAACGUACUAAUGCUCAACCUCCUGAAAAUGAUACUAGAUUAAGAACACUAGACACAUAGAAAAUAGAAUAGGAAUAAGGUUGUAAGUGUUGAAUUUAUUGUGUUAAAAAUCAAUAUAAUUUAUUAGUUUUUAUUAUUUUUAAAAUAAAA